AUGGAGUGUAACAAAGAUGAAGCUAGAAGAGCAAUAGAUAUUGCCGAGAAGAAAGUUUCAGAGAAUGAUUACGACGGAGCUAGGAAAUUCGUAAACAAGGCUCAACGUUUGAAUCCGCAGCUUGAAGGUUUGGAACAAGUGUUGAUGAUGAUCGAUGUUUAUAUCUCUGCAUCAAACAGAGAAGGAGGAGAAGCUGAUUGGUAUGGAGUUCUCGGUGUAGAUCCUUUAGCUGAUAACGAAGCUGUAAAGAAACGUUACAAGAAGUUAGCUCUUUUGCUUCAUCCGGACAAGAACAGGUUUAAUGUUGCUGAAGGCGCGUUUAAGCUGGUUUCACAAGCUUGGCAUCUAUUGUCUGAUAAAGCUCAAAGAAGUGCGUAUGAUCAGAAGAGGAAAUCGAAACAUGGUCAACAGAAAACACCGAAGCCACACGAGCCUGAUUCUUCGUGGAUACAGAAGGAUGCGCAAGAAAAAUCUUACAGAUGGUUUCAUGAACAAAACAAAAAAUUUGUUGCUGCUGCUAGAAGGAAUGCAGCAAACUCUACUACUUCUGAAGCAGAGAGGCUUUUUAAGAACCUGAAAACAAACUCUACUACUUCUGAAGCAGAGAGGCUUUUUAAGAACCUGAGAACAAACUCUACUACUUCUGAAGCACAGUGGCUUUUUAAGAACCUGAGAACAAACUCUACUACUUCUGAAGCAGAGAGGGUUUUUAAGAACGUGAGAACAAACUCCACUACUUCUGAAGCAGAGAGGCUAUCCAAGAACCAGAAGACAAACUCUACUACUUUUGAAGCAGAGAGGUUAUCUAAGAAUCGCAAGACAAACUAUACUACUUUUGAAGCAGAGAGGCUUUCUAAAAAGCCAAUGAAAAGUGGAGAUGCAAACUCCACUCUUGAAGCGGAGAGGCUUUUCAAGAAGCCGAUGAAAACAGGAGAUGCAAAUUCCACUUUUGAAGCAGAUUGGCUUUUCAAGAAUCCUAUGAAAACAGGGGAUGCAAAUUCCACUUUUGAAGCAGAGAGGCUUUUCAAGAAGCCGAUGACAACAGGAGACGCCAACUCUACAUAUGAAGCUCAAAGACUUUUCAGAAGCCGAUGA